CUCUGCUGGCUGCAACAUGUACUGAGCUGAUAAAGAUGCUAGCGACCUCUCUGACAUACCAACAGGAAAUAUUGGGAUUGUAAUUAAUGAUGAGGAAGCGGGUUACCUUUGUUGAGCAACUGAAAAAAGAAACCCUAUUUAAAAAUGGAAGUGGUCACAUCUUAACAAGGUCCGCUGAAUCCAGAAACAGGUGCACAGAUGGCUUUGGAUGUCUGCCUAAUCAGCAGAUGAGAGAAAUGUACAGAGGAACACAAGUAAGUGUUCCUGCUGGCAGUCAGCACAUGAAGACCAUACACACUCCCAAAUCUAUGAUGUCUGCACCAUUCCUACAGCAUCCUGCCCUGACAGCCGGACAGAGACGCUACCUUUGCAGCAUAGCAAACGUUUACAGUACAGAGCAUAUGAGACGGCAGAUGAAGCAGCACUAUCUUAAUGUUCUGCAUGCAUGUGUCCAGUCAGGUCAGAAUGACACCUGCAGGAGGAAGAAUGUGGAACAUCAGCACAGAGAAAAUAGCACAUUCACAAAGGAUGCUGAGAAGGACAGGACAAGGACAAAUAAACCACAAAGACAGAGGAAAGGCAGCAACAGAGCUAAUUCUGAUGUCAUACUUCCAAAAAUAGUCAACAGAUGACAGAUAUAACACCAAGUGGGUGUACUGAUUUGAAGGCCCCAAUGAUGUGUCAGUGUUAUGUUGAUCUUUCUAUGAAUACCCUUUGGACUGAGGCACAUCUUUUCAAAGAUGACUUUAAAUGUUCCUGACCAAGAAUAGUGUGUAGUCAUAAGACUCCAUAUUUUACUAAUUGGGCACUACUUUUAUUACAUGUCAAGGAGUACUUGUAUACUUGAACUUGGUAUUAUUCAAAAUAUAGUAACACAUACGAUAUGGGAUAUUGUUUGUCAUGGAUUCUAUCAGUCAGAAUUUGUAUACAUCAUUUCUAUAGACCGUAUAUAUCUUUCAUAAACAGUUCAUGAUCUCUAAUAACUUAACAUCUAUUUAGGCUUCAACAGAUAUCCAGAUUGACCCCACUUUACAGAAACUGAAUGUGUAUUUUUUGUUUGAGAAAAUAUUAUUCUAUGAUUCUGAUAUUAGCUGGAAGCUGUGAUUGUGAUUAAUUUGUUUUAAUUGGUAACAUUAUGAUCCUGAAUGAUUCAGUCUUUUGAUUGCUCUGCAUGCUCAUUAUCUACUUUAUUAACUGCCUUGAACUUAAUCAGGUUAUUUUUUAGGGUGACUAUGUAACAUCUGUCCAGGGAAUACAGAUGAAACUACUGCGCCUUGAUAGCAUUGUUAAUUGAUCUGAACUAUAAGUAAAGACAUUGUUGUAACCUGAAGCGUCUUCAAGCCAUUUUGUUACAGUGAAUAAGAUUAAAACUUCGAUUUAGCAGCAGAGAACCCUCUUUAACCCGUCUAAUACCAACCUCUCAGAGAAGUAUGUUGCUAAGCUAGUUAGCAUGUGGACGUUUCUCCUCUGCGCGCGUGCAGUUGGC